UCCCCGUGCAGCCUCUGUGCGAGCGCAGACCGUCCUGCUAAUAACAAUAAUAAACUUUGCUGCGAUCGCUGCCUGUCUGAGAGCGGAACACCGGGGCGGAAUAAACACACCGAUCCGGGACGUCGCGGAGCUUGUGAUUUCAUAGGAAAGGAUAAAGAGAGAUCGCGAGGAAGGGUGGAUUUAUAAAGCGAACUCCGAUAAUGCUGCGAUCUGGUGCCUUUAUUCUAACUGGGAUUUGCGAGGAGGAUCGGAGCCGGAGAGGAUCGCUGAGCGUAUAAAUCCCGGAGAUCGGGGACACGGAGGGACAGAGCGAUCCCCGGAACGGCAGGGGACACAUUUGAAGACAAAGGUUCAUCUUAAGAAGGCGAAAUGCUUUCUGCAACCCCACUGUAUGGGAACGUACACAGCUGGAUGAGCAAUGAGAGGGUCCGCAUGUGUGGCAUCAGCGAAGACAGGAAAAUUCUAAUUAACGAUGGUGACCUUCAGAAAGCCCGACUCGAGCUGAGAGACGAUCACCUUGGCCACAGCCUGGUGGACGCAGCUGCAGUGCAUCGGAUAGACAGCUUGGCCGCACUUACCAUGGAUCGAACAGGACUUAUGCAGGACGGACUGAGAGUUCCAGCUGGCAUGGUCUAUUCUAGUUUAUGCGGCCUAGGUACAGACAAGGUUCGGGAACCUUCAAACACUAUACCAGGACUGGGCUACGCUCCCGACAGGAAUUCUGAUAUGCAGUUCAAACCAAAUGCCGCGGACACAAUGGAGAACUCCCAGAUGUCUGGGAAACAGCCCAGUGGCUUUAACUCUUUGUACAAAACUUCACCAGGACUACAAAAGACCUCUGUCCCAACAAGCGAAGCACUCGUUAUGGACAGAACAGCCAGUGACAAGCAAAAUCCCCUAAGCGUUAGCGGUGCUAAUUAUUUGAGAAUUCCAUGGGUUCACCAUUACAUGGACGGCGUGCCACCAGCCAUGUAUCCAUACAUUGAUUCACCAAAUAAGUAUUCGUUGAACAUGUAUAAGGCAUUUCUACCUCAGCAGUCUGCAUACAGUUUACCGCAACACCUGGCCUACUCUCCAGUGUGUCCAAACGGUGAACGAUUUGUAUACCUCCCACCUUCUCACUAUGUUGCUCCUCACAUUCCAUCAAGCCUGGCUCCACCCAUGAGGAUUCCUGCUCCAGCCCCAGCGAUCCCUACUUCAGUCCAUUGUAUGGAUAAGACUCUGCCCUGGAAAAUGGGGGUAAAUCCCGUUACCUCUGUCGAUUCUCAUGCAUACACACAUCUCCAGAAUAGCAAACCGCCUAGGGGGCCGUGCACAAAGUCAGUGGGAAGCAGUAUCUCACCGGAAGGGUGUCUCCUGCUGUCACAGUCUCAGAGGCCAUCCCCUAGACUUCAUCAUCCUGUCCAGCAAGUCGGGGACAGCUAUUCGGAUUUUCAAGCAUCCUUUGUCAAAAUGUCAACCCCACCAACAUCCGUCUCUCACUCAAAACCUCAUACGCAUGUGAGCAGUGAUAUUACGUCGUUAAAGCUGCUGAACUCUAAAGUUCAUAAAACUCAUGAUGUUGAAGGUGCUCCGAUGCAAGCUUCCUCAACAAAAAAGAACAGAGACCGGAAGGAAAGCAAGUCUCCUAACUUGGCGGAAAAGCAAAUGCCUUUGAAAGAUGGUGGGGAAAAGCCUCUUGACUUGUCGUCCAAACUUGGUGAGGGUGAGAUGCCCAAGCAAGAGAGUUUAGAUGGUGUGUCAGCAAUGCUGCUUUCGUCUAGACCUGGGAAUAAUCUUCGUCUAACAAAUGAAGCCAUUUCAACGUCUACAAGUGGCAGUGCCAUUUUCAGACCUGAAAUCAUAAGCACUGCUUCUUCAUCUUGGGUAGUUCCUGGUAUGAGCAGUAGUGAAGAAAACGGUGGAAUGGUCACUUCACUUAAAAAUAAAGCUUUGGAAAAGGUAAUGCCACAGCAAAGGAGCUCAUCCUGUCCUCGGAUGGGGAGUUCCGAAGCUGUAGUUCCGAGCAAUUCGGGAAAUGUCUCCAGUGCAGGACGUCCGGCAUCUGCGUCUCCUGCCCCAAAUGCCAAUGGGGAAAUUAGGAGUCCCGCAGACAGCAACAAAACUAUGAUGCAGCAACCAGCUCAGCAUGUGAGUACGCCUACUAAAAGUAGCAAGGUAGCCAAAGCCUCGCUCCCGGAAUCCACCAUAAAAGUGAGUGAGAGCAGCCUGCCUCUUGCUCCUAUGUUCUUACCCCAGAGUGAGCCCUUUUGCUCUCCUCCCCUGGCAUAUCCAAACAGUUUUAUCCCAUACCAGGUUUCAGAGAGCCUGGCACUACAACACUUGCACAUGCAUAACAAAACCCCUGUCUAUCCCCACCCGAUGAUGUUGCCCAACGGCAGUCUUUUUCCGGGGCCACUGGCACCCAAACCAGGGAUCCCCUAUAGCAUACCAACCAACCGAGAUUACAUGACAUAUCAAGACACCAUGGGUAUGGUCCAUCCCAUCCUGUUACCACCAUCAACUUUAGAAAUGAGCAAGGAAGAUAAAGGUGAACGAAGAUCUAGAUCCCAUGAAAAGCCUCGCUAUGAAGAUACUUUUGGCAGGAGCCGGUUAUUGGAUAUAUCUGAUUCAAGCCCCAAAAUGAAUUUUGAGGUUCCUGUAGACAAAGCUUUGAAGUCCAGUCAGAGCACGGUAUUGGCCAGCAAGCAUGGUUCAAGGACUGAUAAACUGUGCUCUGGCGUGGAAAAGGACACCAAAUCUGACACUAAUUUGAUAAUCAAUGGUUUUGUUCCUGAGAAACCCAUUAUGAAUGAUCUAACUGCGCAAAAACCGGAACAAGGAUUACAACACAGGGAUGUUAUCCCCCGAGAGGAGCCUGUGCGAAAAAACGAAACUUUUCAAAUGUCGAGACCCUCUCAGAAUUCCCCUGUUUUUGCUUACCGACAGCAGGAGAUCCUGCCGGGAAACCAAAAUGCAGAUUGUGCUGCGUCUGAACCUGGCCCGCUGUUCAUGGUGCACGGUCAGAGAAACGAGUCCCCGUCUGGCUUCCUUACCAGGCCACAAGAAACUGCCCAGUCUUGUCAAAUGACAAAUGGCCAGCUAGAUCCGGAAGCGGAGGAGGCUCUCGCCAGAGACGAUAAUGAUGAAUACGAGACAAUUAACGGCAAACUUGUGAAAACUAGAUCCUCCAAAAUAACUAGGAGAAUUGCCAAUUCCGCCGGCUACGUGGGUGAUCGUUUUAAAUGUGUGACUACAGAACUGUACGCAGACUCUAGUCAACUCAGCCGGGAGCAAAGGGCUUUGCAGAUGGAAGGCUCACAAGAGGACAGUAUUAUAAGUCUACCUGCGGCUUACUGUGAGCGUGCAAUGAUGCGCUUCUCUGAGCUGGAGAUGAAAGAACGGGAGGACCACACACCCACCAAAGACAUGGAGACGUGCAACUUCAAAAAGACCGAGUGGGACGAACUGAAGGCGUUUCCGGAAAGAAAGCCCCUAGCCACCUCCUUCGGGGGCUCAGUUAACGGCCAAUCGGAAGGUGAUCUGAGGACCACUGCUGCGGCCUUGGAUGGGUCACCGUGUCUAGUGAAAGAAGCCGUGACUGAUGACAUUAGAACAGAGAAGCUUGGGACAGAGGGAUAUUUCCCCGGGCUGAAGAGGAAAUACGUCUGUGAAACCCAAGGAGAUGAAGUCAACCACAGCUCACUCUAUGAAGACCACUCUCAAGAAGACCCAAAGGCAAAAAGAAAUAGGACAGAUGACUGGGCUGAGAGGGAACAGACAGACUUUUCCACCAAAGGCCUUCAGGAGCCUCAUUGUAAUGAAGUCACCAACCUGAAGGUGUGCAUUGAAUUAACAGGACUCCAUCCGAAAAAGCAGCGCCACCUGCAGCACCUCAGAGAGCUCGGCCAGCAAAGCCGGAGGGACCCCCUGGAGACCCCCGAGACCGACAAAAAGCCAAGGUGCUGGGAGGAAGAGCAGCCAAUCAAGGCAAAAAGCGAGAGCAAAUACGCCGCUUUCACGGAAUGCAUCAAAAAUAGCGGUCCUGAAGAAGACGUCUCCUCGUCUCCGCACGCGAGAGGCUUUCCGUCCGGGUGCCCGAGCGGCAAACGGCAGAGCCAGCCAAGCUCCACCCCAGGCCCCAGGUUAGCAGCCAAGCAGCAGAAGAUCAGAGAGGGCCGCAAGGCGUACGUCCAAUGCACAGGCGACGAGGGGGCUCUCCAGGCCACGUCACUGCCGGAGGAUUACAGCGAGUGCGAGAAGCCCUCUGGAAAACGUCAGUGCAAAACAAAGCACAUGACUCCGCAGGAGAGGAGGAGGAAAAGGCUGUCGCUUGCCGGGGAGGAUUACAUGGAUGUGGAAAGCCCGGAUGACAAGGCCAGCGUGAAGCACUCGAGGAGACCCGGCGAGCAGACCCCCGACGACUCCCCAAUCAAAAUGCAGGAGCAGACGUCUGUUUUGGCGCUGGCCUCCCCGCUGCCCAACGCCUUGCAGGAGACCACGCCAAGCCGUCCUAUGCCACCAGAAGCGCGCCGGCUGAUUGUCAACAAGAAUGCUGGGGAGACGCUCUUGCAGAGAGCAGCUCGUCUUGGCUACGAGGAAGUGGUCCUUUACUGCUUGGAAAACAAGUCUUGUGACAUCAACCACCGAGAUAACGCGGGAUACUGCGCGCUCCACGAGGCCUGUGCCAGAGGCUGGCUGAGCAUUGUCCGGCAUCUCUUGGAACAUGGAGCAGACGUCAACUGCAGCGCGCAAGAUGGAACCAGACCCAUCCAUGACGCUGUGGAGAAUGACCACUUAGAAAUCGUGCGCUUGCUGCUCUCCUACGGUGCUGACCCCACGCUGGCCACGUACUCUGGCCGAACAAUUGCAAAAAUGACCCACAGCGAGGCUAUGGAGACCUUCCUGACUGAGUAUUUAACUGACCUGCAAGGACGGAGCUGGGAUGAUCCUGGAUCGUCUUGGGAAUUCUAUGGCAGUUCUGUCUGUGAUUCCAAGGAUGAAAGUGGAUUCGAUAUACUGGCUAACCCUCCUGGUCCCGAAGAUGAAGAAGACGGCUAUGUGGAUGUCUUUGAGUUUGAGUUCUCAGACAGCCCUCUCUUGCCGUGCUACAACAUUCAGGUGUCGCUCUCAAAAGGGCCCAGAAACUGGUUAUUACUUUCGGACGUGACAAAGAAGUUGAAGAUGUCGUCGCAAGAGUUUAGUUGCAAGCAUCCUCACCUUGAAAUCGUCAGUAUUAGUGAAGCUGAAUUCUAUAAACAAGUAUCAUUAAGUCAGCUCUUUUCUUCUCCUGAUGAUCUUGAAGGAUUCAAUCCAGACAGCAAGGAAAUGUUUGAACUGAUUGAAUUUACGAGUGAACUUCAAACAAUGCUUGGCUCCUCCGUAGAAUGGCUGGAACCAGACGAUGAAAAUUGUUGCACCAGCUGUUAAAGAGACAGAGACCCUCUUAUGUAUAUUUUGAUCCUUAACUUGUGAAUAUGUUAAAAAGAAAGAA